ACACUGUCAAGGAGCCACACUUCUGCGCAGGUGUGUGUAGAAACACCGCCAGUGUGGCUUGGGAUGUGGACAUAUGCGCGCGUUUAUUUUAAUCUUCUUGGGUUAUGAUGUGUGCAGUGGGGUGAUGUGGAGCACUUACCAAGGGUGCUGGCGAGGCUGUAGCAGUGUGGAAGCAGCAGAUGCUGAUAGAGGUGGACACCUGCUGCACUCAGCUUGUGUAGGAAGCUGUAGGAGUAUAUGCCAGGCGGGGGUGCAACAGGAAGGGUGCCGGUGUAGGGGUCCUGGGUGGGGGUGGUGGCGACGUCGGAGGGGGAGGUGUCAGAGUGGACAGUGUGAGGGGGACUGUCGGAAUAUGGACAGUGGGGGGCUGCCGCCCCCUUCCUCAGCCGCCACCACCACCACCCAUUCCUUGUGCUGUCCGCCGCCAACACCUUCCUCCACCCCCAACACCACCACCACUACCAUCACCACUACGACCACCACUACCACAACCACCAGUAGCAGGAGCUGCAUGACCACACACUGGCCAAGAUGGAGGAGUGGAGCACCUCCACACCCGUCUCUUCUAACCAUACUUCUCCUCCUCAUCGUCACCUCAGCCAGACUUACAGAGAGCUGCUCGUCACGGUCGACACCGAAGCCAAGGCCACCAUCCCCAACACUGCGUCCGAACAUUACAUUCCAGACCUACGCAUGCCCUCCAGCUUACGCUGCCUGGUACUGUCUUAACGGUGCCACCUGCUUCACUGUCAAGAUAGGAGAGUCUAUCCUCUACAACUGCGAGUGCGCUGAGGGAUUUAUGGGACAGCGGUGUGAGUUUAAGGAUCUGGAUGGCUCUUACCUUCCAGCGAGGGAGAAAGUGUUGCUGGAGACAGCGUCUAUCGCUGGUGGAGCCACUGUGGCUUGUGUCCUGGUCUUCGUUGUCCUCUUCGCCGUCUAUGUCUUCAUGCAGAAAGAUAAAGAUAAGCGGUGUAGAGAGCUGGAUGAUGGAUGCGAAAACGACCGACAGCCAUUCUCAGGCUAUCAAAACCCACGCCCAGAAAUAAUCCGAACCAUAACCAACCCCUAUGCUCGCACUCUUGAGGAGCUGAGCCACGUUGAAGUGCAAACCAACAAACUGGUCAGCGGUGGAGAGAGCGGCAGAGAGAUGACCAUGAGUGGUGACACUUGUGACACCAGCACUGAAACCAAUAUUCACAGUGCUCAGAAUCCUUCAUAGUAAAACAGAUUUUAUUGCCAUGCAUCUUUGUAUGCUAAACCACCAUCUCUUUGCACACUGUUGUAGUAUUACAAGUGACAUUAUUACAGGCCCUUUCUGUUGCAUACUGGCAUCCUUUGAGAAAGUCACAAAAUCGUGGCAGGAACAGUUCACAACUUAUCCACAACAUUGAGAUGAAACUAGAUCGACUGGGUCCAUCCUGGACUGUUAUCUUCAUAAGGAGGGCCCUGCAUAUACAGCACCUUUUUGGUAUUCCACGUUGUCGUUGGUUUCAAAUUAAGCCGUUGUUCCACCCACCAAUGAACAUCACUGGCUGGUGGAAUAUAAUGAGCAGUGGCUCAGUUUAAAGCCAACGAAAAUAUGGAACACCAAAAAGGUGCUGUAUAUGCAGGGCCCUCCUCUACUUGCGACUUAAUAAUGGUCCAGUAUAAACCAAACUGUCUUCUAAAGGUUUAUCUCUGCAUGGGUGAAUUGUGAAUUUGUAUUCUUCUCUUGGUGCUCACUAAGUACUCAGCCAACAUGGAUGUCUGACAUUGUAAGCCUUGGAGGGUUGAGUGAUGGGACCUGAAUGUAUAUGGCUACACUAGCCACUUCAACUAGACAUGAAGGAAAUGUGUACAGUGGACCCCCGGUUAACGAUAUUUUUUCACUCCAGAAGUAUGUUCAGGUGCCAGUACUGGUCGAAUUUGUUCCCAUAAGAAAUAUUGUGAAGUAGAUUAGUCCAUUUCAGACCCCCAAACAUACACAUACAAACGCACUUACAUAAAUAUACUUACAUAAUUGGUCGCAUUCGGAGGUAAUCGUUAUGCGGGGGUCCACUGUAUUUACUUUUGUGUGAAUGCUUCGAGUGGCCAAGUCUUCAAAAUAUGCCUGGUGGUUGAUGUUGAAUGUAACCUAUACUCAUCUCAAGAUGCCUCUUAUGUUGUCUUUUACAUUACCAGAGUAAUAUAUAAUAUUUAGCCUUGACCAUGUAUAUGGUUUGCCUUGUAUGUAUGUGUAUGUAUGAAUGUAUGUAUGCAUAUAAUAUAUAUGUAUACAUAUAUAUUUUUCAUCAAACCAGCCCAUAUCCCACUGAGGCAGGGUGACCUAAAAAGAAAAAUGAAAAUUUUUCUUUUUAAAUUUAAUAAUUUAUUCAGGAGAAGGGGUUACUUGCUCCUGGCAUUUUAGUCGACUCUUACGACACGCAUGGCUUACAUAGGAGGAAUUCUGCUCCAUUUCCCCAUAGAUAUGGCUAGUUUGUUGAAAAAAAAUGUAUAUAUAUAUUAUAUACAUACAGUUUGUCAUGAAAGGUGCUUGUAUGCACACAUGCCCUCCAUAAUACAGGCAUAAGUCACACACAGCUAUCUCAGAUGUCCCGGGUGCCCACAUUUACUCAGUUUAUUCCAAGAUUCAUCCUAGGAGAUAACACUCACCACUUUAGAUUUACCCAUGAGUGUACUUGCAAAUGUCACAACCGUCCAUGUGGUACUUACAUAAUCCAGUCUGUAAGUGAAAUCCAAAGAAUAACAUCAUUAAGUGAUGUAGCUUUUUUCAUACUUGUUUCUUCCAAGUAAAGGUGCACGGUUUAUUUUCAUAGAUGUAUUCCCAUUUAUUUUCAUGCUGUGCUAGGAUACAGUCAAGCAUCAAAAGUUCAGACUGAUAUAUCAGGAAUUUAGAAAGCUUGUUUUGGUUCUCUGACAUUGAUAUGGUGGCGUUUACUUUGUACUGUACUGUUUUGUCUUGAAAAUUAUCGCUGGAAAUUUUCCCUUAGCUGUUUGACAAGUGGUUAGGCAGGAUGAUCACAAGUUGAGAACAUCUCAGGCCCAGAUCGAUCUGAACUUUUGGUGCCUGACUGUACUGUAUUACUGUACAUUCCCAGCUUAACAGUUUCCCUUGUGUAAAGGGUCUGGCAGGCAGGUAGCUACCUAUUCCAGACAAUUCCAUUUAGGUCCGUUCCAGUGCCGUUGACUUCUUAUUUAAUGGUUGAUACUCAAACUAUUAUACCUUGUGCAACAUGAUUUCGAACCACGUAACGGGUGGGGGUUUGAAGCAGUGGUGAGCUAGUUGUAAAAUUCUAGACCAGUGCAUAAACCACAAUAAGACUGGUCCAACUAGAUGGAUAAAUCUUCUUGUAGUCAGCUGGCCCAGUGGCUUACUGGUCGGGAGUUUUACAACUCUCUUACCAUGGGUUCAGAUCCCACCUGUUCUGUGGUUUGUUUUCAAUCGCAUUAUUAAGAUUUCAUCAAUCAUCAUUUCAGUGCUGAUUGCAUCAUUUUUUUUGACACUAUGUACCAAGAUCUGCAAUAAUUGGCCAGUGAACAUUAAUGUAAGAGUUGAUGGCACCCAUUUAUGGUCCCUAGUGCUGGCUUUUCUGUUCUCACUACAGGUUGUUUCAGGUACCUUUCAGGUCCAUUCAAAAUUGUUGAUUUUAUUGUUCUUUCUUGGUUGCAUGUACAGCCAGCAUAUCUUAGGCCCAGAACUCUAUUGAUACCCCUUCAACACAAGGCAUUGUCAAAGGUUUUAUUAUUAAUUAUUAAUUAUUAUUAUAUGUUUAGCACUGCCAGCCUGCAAGCAUGUUACAUCAUUGCUUUGCACUAUCCUGGUACAGGAUAGAUAAUUUUGUACAUAAUGUAAAGAAGCAAAAUAAAACUGAUAGAUAAAGUUACCAGUGAUACUGAUGCAAGCCAGUAAGAAGUAUAAGAUGUGUACUUUUGGCUUUGUGAUUAGAUAGCAAAGUGCCGCCCUAACCUACUGUCCUCGUAUUUUUUUUUCAUUGUGGUGGCCUCUGGUAGCCUUGUCUGGAGGGGCUAUAUACUGCUUAGCUUGUAACAUUUGUACAUAAAACUAGAAAAUUAUUAGCUUACUGCUGAUGAGCUUUUUUGUGUAAGAUUUCUCUAUUUGUAAUGUUUUGAUUAUUCAUGAUAUAGUAUUGAUUAUUUCAAAAACAAUAAGAUUAAGGUGAUAAUUCACAACGUGUAUGAGUGGCUUUGAGUACUGCUACUGCAAUAUACCUCGCAGGUUGUUCUGGGUAUAAAGGUUAUAUUUUACUAAUUAUUUCUCUGCUUUGUCGAGGAAAUACUUUUCUGUAAUUGUAUAUUUUUCUCUUAAAACAAGUGCAACUCAUGUUCAGUGCUUGUAACCUGUUUUGCUCUUUUUUUUUUUUUUAUUAAUCUAGGGUGUACAAGGGAUGAGUUUUUGAGGCUGUUUUCUUUUAUGCUCGGAGCAAUUUUAUUAGUAGCAGUGCUUAAAGUGACUUGCGGUCUACUUGUCGCACUCACAGGAACUCAAUAUCAAUAUUUCCAACUGUUGGUAACUGUAGUGUGUUUAUGGGCAAAACACACCACUUGUUAUGGUUCCUAUGAUGUAUGUGUAACUGGUUCAUUUUUAGGUCGCGUCCUAUGGCAGCUUAUGCUCGGCAAGUCACAAAGGUCAUUUAUAUAGGAAAGUUGUUCCAAUGAGGAAUAUUGUUCGUUUCCUGUAGCAUAUCCAGUGUUUACCUGCUUGUCAUUUAAUGUAAAACAAGUCUGUAAGCUUAAAAUAUUAUCUUGCCUUUUACCCUGGUCAUAGAUUUUUAAUGGCUUCCAUAUUAAUCCUAGAAGAAUAGUGUUUAUCAUCCAUGUAUCAAAAGAUUAUUGUGUACACUGCAUCCAUAAAAUGUAACUUUUGAGCAGUGUCAUACUCAAAUGUCAGUCCCAGUAAGCACCCCUGCAUAAUUUGCAUCAGUAGAGCUUAUGUUUGUAGCAAACUAGAUAUAGUAAUUUAUAGUAAAAAGACUGAGCCACAAAAUAGUGAUAAUAUUGAGUAAAUGCAUAAGCCAUGUUGAAGGGAAAGGGGCCUCUGGUGUUCGUCUAGCCUCACUACCUCUGAUAUGCCUUGCUAGUCCACAAACUGCAGCUUUAACAUCAUGUAUAGAUACUCAGUUAGGCAAAAACAUGCAGCAGGUGCACUCUAGCUGUCAAAGUACCAAAUUUGUCAUUUGUUCUUAGGGCAGGGAAACACUAUGGAAGCUGUAAUGCAAUUUGAAUCAUAUUUUUAGAUAAAGGUUAAUAUAUUCUUUAAUGCUUCCUUAUGUAUACUUUAAACCCAAAGUUUUAUGUGCUGGAAAUCUCUAAAACCUUAAUAUUUUGAAGUUAAUAGCCAUUUUUUUUUCAAUCCUAUUAUUGAUAUACUGUAGUAUUUAUUAUUUUUUUUUUUUUUUUUUUUUUUUUUGAAAAUCCAACAUGGAUUUUGACCAAUAAUAUAAUGUGCUUGUGGCACAUGAUUUGAAAGAUUAAGAUAAAAGGUUGUAUCUCUUCACCUGUACUACUUAAGCCAUUUUAGAUAAGUACUGUGCUCAGUUCCCACAGUAUUUUAGAUUACUGUUUGUGUCAGUGUAUGUCCAGUGUUAUAAGAAUUCCCACCUGUAGAAACAAGAUCAUAUAUCACUACAGUUUGUCUAAUAAAUGUAUAGCAUUUCAUGCAGAAAAACAAGUAAUGUCCCCAGUGUUGGAAAACUAGUAGCAGAGGUGGACUUCUUGUCUUCUUUAUAACUAAAGAAUUCCACCAAAAGCACACUAGAACCUUAAACACAGGGGGGAGUCCGAUGAAAAAAACUUCAUACCUUUGUUCAGAAAUGUGAAUAUUAUUUCAGUCAACUGAAACUCACUUGCUCUUAACCUCCUUAAUUUACAAAUUGACUUGUAGCUCAGAGGUCAGAGCAUUUGGCACACAACUGACAGGUUAUUAGUCAAGUUCUCUGAGAAACACAAGACGUAAAGGCAAGUUUCGUUAUACAGCCUCGCAAAAAAAUACCUGGAUAAAAUUCAGGUUUUAUGGGUUGCAUCCUAGGGAAAAAAUCAGAGGCAAACAAUAAUAAGAAGACUGAGUACCAUGAGCAUUGCUCUGUUUAUGUAACUACAAAAAGUCAUGAAAUGACCGAGCACAUCUUACUUUUGUUUGACUCCCCCUUUUAAUAAAUGUCUGUGCUUGCUUCUAUAUACCACCAAUAGACUGCUCAGUUGCACUUACGAGUAAUGUUACCAAUACUUAAUACAUUGGUAACGAGUAAUUUAUAUCGAACCACUGAAGUCAAUGUUGAUAGAGUAAUCUAUCUAGUAAGUGAAGUAAUGUAUAACAAUGGCCUUAGAGUAACACCCUUAGUGUCUUACAAGUAACCUUGUACGUUUCUUUUGUUUAUGGUAAAUAACAAAAAAACCUGUGUUUUCAGAUCAAAAAUAUUUAAUUCCAGUUGGUUGCAGCUCGACUAAUCAAAGGGACUUGGAAAUGAAUGAAAGCAGCGGAUUAUCUGUACAGGAAGAUGAUACAAUAUUGUUAUCCAGUGUAUUUUAUUUUAUCAAGUUACUGUCCAUAGAUGAAAUAAAGAAUUUGUUACA